GGGGAAUUUCUGUUUUAAGAAAACUGAAAGCUGAUGGCAGCACAGCACUGUGGAUAAGCGGGUGAGGAGUUAAAAUGAGUUAACUGAUAUGGUAAAGUAGACUUGUACAGCUGGAUUAUGAUGCAAUCCUCAGAGCAAAGCCAGCCCAAUAACUAAAAUGCUCAAGAAAGAAAACAAAUACAGAGCAUGAAAGGCCACAACCCCACAAACGCUGAAGCAAACGUGCACUGCUUCGUGCAAGGAAGCCUGAAGUCUUCUCUGAAACACUGACCGCCUGGGCUACUGGCAUGGGCGUAAUGAAUCCCUAACGAUGAAACUUUGGCCACUUCAAGAUGAGAAGGAUUCACUGGGCUAAAUUACUGCACUGAAAGGAGACCAUAUUUUAUACCAAAAAAGCUCUUAAAGGCCUUGGGCUCCAGAACUUACGAGAUGACCAAUUCAACAGCCACAGAGCCCCCGGAGCAGCUGUGCUCCCAGAACACCCUCAUCACCCGGCAGGUCAUUCCUGUGCUAUACUUCCUGGUCUUCAUCACUGGAAUCCUCCUCAAUGGAGUAUCAGGAUGGAUAUUCUUCUAUGUUCCCAGCUCUAAGAGUUUUAUCAUCUAUCUUAAGAACAUAGUGGUGGCUGACUUUCUGAUGGGCCUCACCUUCCCUUUCAAGGUCCUUAGUGACUCGGGCCUUGGUCCCUGGCAGCUGCGAGUGUUUGUGUGCAGGGUCUCUGCUGUGCUCUUCUACGUCAAUAUGUAUGUCAGCAUCAUGUUCUUUGGACUCAUCAGCUUUGACAGGUAUUAUAAAAUUGUAAAGCCCCUUCUGACUUCGUUCAUCCAGUCAGUGAACUAUAGCAAACUUCUGUCUGUGGUUGUGUGGGCGCUCAUGCUUCUUCUUGCUGUCCCCAACAUCAUUCUCACCAACAAGAGUGUCAAGGACGUUACAAAAAUAGAAUGCAUGGAACUGAAGAGUGAGCUGGGACGGAAGUGGCACACAGCAUCUAACUAUAUCUUUGUGAGCAUGUUCUGGAUUGUGUUUCUUCUGUUGCUUAUCUUCUACACUGCUAUCACAAGGAAAAUCUUUAAGUCUCACCUCAAGUCCAGAAAGAAUUCCAUUUCAGUCAAGAGGAAAUCGAGCCGCAAUAUAUUCAGCAUCAUGCUUGUAUUUUUUGUGUGUUUUGUACCUUACCACAUUGGCAGAAUCCCCUACACAAAGAGUCAGACAGAAGGUCACUACAGCUGCCAGUCCAAAGAAACCUUGCGCUAUGUGAAAGAAUUCACUCUGCUGUUGUCUGCUGCAAAUAUAUGCCUGGACCCCAUCAUUUAUUUCUUCUUGUGCCAGCCAUUUAGAGAAGCUUUAGAUAAGAAAUUACACAUCACAUUAAAACCACAGAACGACCAAGAAAACUCCAGAACCAAAAGGGAAAAAUCAAUUCAUGAAAGCACAGACACUCUGUGAUCCCCCUUCCUGUCCAAGCACCGUUCUCGUCCACAUGCCAGCAUCCUGUUACAUAUUAAGAGACAUGAAUAAAAAGUAUACUUAUGAUGAGUAAUGUAUCUAGCAUUAUUAUCCACUAUUAAGUAUGAAAUACAAAAAAAUUAAUAAAAUUCAAAUAUAAGUUUCCACGUAAAAUGACAUUUCAUAACAUCACUUUUUAAAAAAAUUACUAUUAUAUUUUC